AUGUCGCGACUGAUUGUGAUUCUUGGUGUGACCGGUGUGCAAGGAAGCUCCGUGGCCGACACCUACCUUCAAAGUACCGGUUGGAAGAUUCGCGGUGUGACUCGGAACCCUGCAUCGGACAGCGCAAAAGAAUGGGCAGCAAAGGGGAUUGAAAUCGUCAAAGGCGACCUUGAUGAUGUGGAAUCUUUGAAGCAAGCAUUUGUGGGAGCACACAUUAUAUUCGGUGUCACCGACUUCUGGACAAUCUUCAAAGAUCCAGAGAGCCAGAAAAAGAAGAAGCCCGAUCAAGAGCUUGUUGAAUACUGCUACGAUGUGGAGCUACAGCAGGGAAAGAACAUUGCCGAUGCUGCGGCGACUGUUCCCGGCCUAUUCCGCUAUAUCUUUAGCUCAAUGGCCCACGCAGGAACCUCCAGCAACGGGAAAUUCGAUAAAAUCUAUCACAUGGACUCCAAAGCCGACGCGGUUCUCUAUGCCCAAAGCCUUUCAGCCCUCGCUGGAAAGUUUUCGCAAGUUCAGGCCCCCAUAUAUUUCCAGCUUCCUUGGCAAUGGGGACUUCCUACAACUCCGAAGAAGACACAUGACGGCAGCUGGCGGAUGGCCGGCAUCGGACCAGGUGAUAAAGGCAUUCCGUUCGGAGACGUCCGCAAAGAUCUAGGUCCCUGCGUCAAGGCAGUUGCUGAAACUGAGCCCAAUGUUAACUUAUUUGCCGUUGGACAAUAUGUGUCAUGGUCAGAUUAUCUCCAAACCUUUUGUGAAACCCAAGGCUUGAAGUAUGGUGGUUAUGAUGCACUUUCUUACGACAAGUUCUGCGAGCUGCUUCCCGGCGGUCUUGGUCACGAGUUCGCCCACAAUGUUAUGUUUGCGCUGGAGUUUGGUUACGAAGGAAUUGACCCUACAGUAGUAAGACCUGAACAGUUGGGUCUGAAGAUGACUUCGUUCCGUGAGUAUUGCCAGGAGACUGAUUUCACGGCAUUGAGAGGAGAUGAAAACGACGUCUAA